AUGAACGCCAACAAGGAUGAAGCACAGAAAUGUGUCUCUAUUGCUAGAAAACAUUUAGUCACAGGGGAUCGUAAUGGUGCAAAAAAGUUUGUCCUGAAAGCCAUGAAAUUGGACCCGUCAAUCAACAUAGAAGGACUGGAGUUUUUAGUAAGACCUAGGUCUCGUUCGUCUAGCACGAAAAAAGGCACCCAAGAAAACGAAGGUUCUGAUUCCGGCGCCGAAUCUACCGGAAAUAAGCAACCGGAUAAGGAGUUUACUAAGACCCAAAUAGAUUCGUUGAGGAAAGUACUUGCUUGCAAAAAUUACUACGAAAUUCUUGGAGUGUCGCGAACUGCAUCAGACGAAGAAAUUAAAAAGGCUUUUAAACUUCAUGCCCUCAAGUUUCAUCCUGACAAAAACAGGGCCCCGGGUGCAGCAGAAGCGUUUAAAAAAAUCAAAAAGGCAUACGAAGUGUUGAUAGAUCCGGAGAAACGCCAGCGCUAUGAUCAAUAUGGUGCGGAAGAAGAGCAAAUCAGGUCUCCUCAAGUUCAUCGGCACGGGGACACGUUCUUUCAAUAUGAUGCUGAUGUCUUCACUAUGUUUUUCAACGGGGGCUUUCCGUUCUCACAAGUCUAUCGUGAUCAUCGCCACCGGCCUCAUAGGUCACGAGAAUCAGAGCGUGAAAGUAACUACUUCGUAUACGUCCAGUUGAUCCCGCUGAUAAUUUUGUUUGGCCUAUCUUUCUUCAGUAAUCUUUUUGUAAAGGAUCCAUACUUCAGCCUGACUAAAUCAAAUAAAUACUACAUGGAACGUCAUACUGGAACACAUAAGAUACCUUAUUUCGUCAAGAAAACAUUCGAACAAGAUUUUUCUGGCAAUAUUAUUCAUUUAGAAAGUCAAGUAGAAGAAGAAUAUAUAAGCAACCUUCGAUUCCGAUGUUACCGAGAAAAAGAUUAUAAGGAGAAUCUCUUAUUCCGUGCUAGAUAUUAUGGUGAUGAUGCUAGUUACGAUAGAGCUAUGCAGCUCCAUAUGCCGAAUUGUGAUCGUCUAUCAGAAAUAUUGGCUACAUAA